GUAGCUGUGGCAGGUCACUCGAGUGGUACUAGUAGUGCCCCAGCUCCGCAAGGUCGUGGUCUGCGACCGGGAUCGUCGUCGGAUGUUUUUACCACGGUCGAUGUUGUUGGUGAUCGUGGUGUAGGUGGAUCUACUGUCAGUGGUCGUGGUGUAGGUGGAUCUUCA